UAACAGAGACAGAACAAGUUUAAAUCUCUUAUUAAUGCUCUUAUUUCCCAUCUGGUCGGUUUCGAUGCACAAUACUCUGUCUUUCUAAAUUUGUAAUUAUGCCAUACUCUUUGACCAUCGCUUUAAAAUGUUCAAACUUUGUAUUUUAUAACCUAAGACCUGUAUAGUUAACCUGUAAAGCAGCUUUAUUUAUACUAAGAUUAAAUUAUAGCGUGACAAAAACUGAAAAAUAAGAGCAUGAAUGCUUCUGUAAAAGGCAGUCUGUGGGAUAAACUACUGAUCGUCUAAAGUAGUUACUGUUCUUGUGAGAACAGGAAACUUUUCUUGCUGCAGGCAGCAGCUUUUGUACUGGUGUCACUUUUUGUGUCAACUUCCAACUACAAUCACUCGCAGUGGGCUUUGGGAGAAAUCACCUCCAGCGCAGAUUAAAAUCUACAUUACCACUCUCCUCUUUCUGCAUUUUAUUAGCUUAAUUUCAACCAUCUGACACCCGGACCACACGGUUUAUUAUGAGGGGAACCGGAGUCAGGUAGCCGUUCUUUUCGCCCGAGCUUCGGGUUAUUGUUCCAUGUGGCCUCGGUGGGUGGACGGAAGGACGGCCCAUCCUGCCGCCUGUUGUUCAGCUGCUGGGCCAAUAAGAUCCCGGCUACCGCUCAGUCCCGGUCCAAUGAGAGCAGCUGGGUCCGGGCUCGUUUAGAGAGUUGGGUUGUUCAAUCUGUGAGGAGGACAACAAUCCGCCGCAGCUCUCAGAGUGAACCGGAUGGAUGGAUGCUGACGAUGAAUGAGUUGCUGCUUCGCUGCAGGACGUGUGUCCUAUAACUGAGGCCACAUGUGCAUCCGGACAGAUGGAUCGCUGUAAGCACGUGGUUCGCCUUCGUCUGGGCCAAGACCAUUCCAUCCUCAAUCCACAGAAAUGGCACUGUGUGGAGUGCAGCACCACAGAUUCAGUGUGGGCCUGCCUCAAGUGCUCCCAUGUUGCCUGUGGACGCUUCAUAGAGGAGCACUUCCUCAAACACUUUCAGGAGUCCCAACACCCACUGGCCAUGGAGGUGCGUGAGCUGGACGUCUUCUGCUUCGCCUGUGGAGACUAUGUACUGAACGAUAAUGCAGAGGGAGACCUCAAGCUCCUCAGAGGCGCUCUCUCUACCGUCCGGAGCCCAGGUAGGCGGUCGCUGCGCUCCUCCACCGGGGGGGACUGUGCCCCCUGGGUGUUGGAAGGUGGGCCGCAACCUGCCAUGCAGCUGGCCCUUCGCCACAGGAGGAAAGCGCUCCUAGGGAAGAUGCUUCAGACGUGGAUUAGAAAACACCAAGAGGUUCAGAACCAGCGCAAGGAGAAACUUGAGGAGGCCAGGAGACAAAAGAAGGAGGUGAAAAGGAAACUCCUGGAAGACCUCGGCAACAUUCCUCCCAGGAAGAGUGCCAGGCUUCUGACUCAGGCGCCACGUUCAACCAUGACACUCAUUCCUCGCAAAUUUCGCGACCCCCCAGAACGCCUACCUCCACCUCCCAAGAAGCCUUCACUCCUCGCCCUGCCCCGCAGGGCGCCACAGAUCAGGAGAGCCGCUAAGUUGAGGAGGUACUACUCCACGCACGCGGUGACGCGGAGGAGGCACGCUCCAGGUGUCACCGGUCUGCGCAACUUGGGAAACACGUGCUACAUGAACUCAAUAUUGCAAGUGCUGAGCCACCUGCAGAAAUUCAGGGAGUGUUUCCUCACUUUGGACCUGUGUGAGACUGAGGAGCUGCUGGCCAAGACCAACCACUCCCAGGGCGUUAAGGGGGUGACUGGAGCGGUCGUCAACAGCGGCACCACGCCGCCACUGUCGGAGAACCCUUUGGGACGCAUGGGGAAGGCGGGGUGUUGGAAUUUGCCCGUGGACAAAAAGGAGAGCGUCGCCCCGUCCCCGCAGGCUGCAGAACUGGUCCAGCCCAAAGAGCCUCGCUGCUCGACUCGCCAGCAAAUGUCUCUGUGUCACGAGCUGCAUACGCUAUUCAGGGUCAUGUGGUCGGGCCGGUGGACUCUCGUCUCUCCAUUCGCCAUGCUGCACUCUGUGUGGAAUCUCAUCCCGGCGUUCCGCGGUUACGACCAGCAAGACGCCCAGGAGUUCCUGUGUGAGCUGCUGGACAAGGUGCAGCAGGAGCUGGACACGGAGGGGUCCAAGCGGCGGAUAGUCAUCCCCAUCACAAAGAGGAAGCUGUCCAAGCAAGUGCUGAAGGUUCUGAACACCAUCUUUCACGGGCAGCUGCUCAGCCAGGUGACGUGUCUGUCCUGUAAGCACAAGUCCAACACAGUGGAGCCGUUCUGGGAUUUAUCGCUGGAGUUUCCAGAGAGAUAUCACAGCAGGAACAAAGGCCCAGGCGCCACUGCUUACCAGCGCAGCUGCUCCCUCAUAGAGAUGCUGUCCAAGUUUACAGAGAUGGAGGCUCUUGAAGGCAACAUCUAUGCCUGCAACCACUGCAACAAAAGAAGAAGAAAAUCAUCCCACAAACCCUUAGUUCUGUCAGAAGCACGUAAGCAGCUUCUGAUCUACCGCUUACCUCAGGUUUUACGGCUGCACCUCAAACGUUUCAGAUGGUCGGGCCGGAACCACAGGGAGAAAAUCGGCGUCCAUGUGGCCUUUGACCAGGUUCUGAACAUCAAACCGUACUGCUGCACAGACUCAGGUCACUCUGUCCACAGAGGAGGCUACACCUACGAUCUGUCGGCUGUGGUCAUGCAUCAUGGUAAAGGCUUCGGCUCAGGGCACUACACCGCAUACUGCUACAACACAGAAGGAGGUUUCUGGGUCCACUGUAACGACUCUGAGAUGAAGGUUUGCAGCGUGGAGGAAGUGUGCAACACUCAGGCCUAUAUUCUCUUCUAUACCCAGAGGUCUGCCUAGGUACCUCUCUCGCUGUGACUUGUACUGAGGGCUGCAUUUGAGGCGACGGUGUCUGAAGCUUUCCCUGAUGUCACUUUGAAAGGGUUUGCCAAAUGAGACGGUAACGAGGGCAAAGGGGAAGCCGACCGUACGGACGCAUGUCAGCAACUUAAAAUAUCAUAGGAAAGUUCGUUUCUGUCAGUAGUUCAAUGCAAAGGGAUGAAACUCUUGUCACAUUUAGAUUCAUUAGAGUGAUAUUCAGUUCAUUUUCAUGAAUUAAAGCUGUUUUGAAACCUAAAAUUAGUUUCUCAAAAAAAAUUAUAUUACAUUAGAUCAAUUAAGUCAAGUUUAUUUAUAUGGUGUAUUUAAGCGGCAAGGCAAUUGAUGAAUGCAUUACAUAAUAAAAAAAACAACACAAAAAAGAAACUUUACUUUACAGUGGCAAACUAAAAAUAAUAGAAAGUUGUAAUCCAGAGCAGAAUUAAUCAAUGCACCACUUAUUAUGAAACGCUAAGCAGGUUGUUUUCUAAUCUUGAUUUAAAGGAACUCGGGUGUUUUUUGCAGUUUUCUGGAUGUCUGUAGAGGCUGAAUGCUGCUUUGCCAUGUUUGGUUCUGGUUCUGUUGAUGCAGAUCAGAACAAGAAGGCUGAUACAACAACAACAGAUCUGUAAGGUAUUUUGGUGCCAAGACGUUCAGUGGUUUAUAAACUAAGAAUUUUAAAGUCUGUUCUCUGAGCUACAGGAGUUUAGGUGUGGGGUGAUUUUCUCCGUCUUCCUGGUUUUAGUCAGGACGCGAGCAGCAGCGUUCUGGAUCAGCUGCAAACCCGUAAACACAUUGUUGUAAUAAUCAAUGCAACUAUAGUUAAAUCCAUGGACGAGUGUCUUUUUAUCGUGUUGGGACGUUAGUCUUUUAACCCUGGAAACGUUUUUCAGGUGACAGAAGGCCGAUUGUAAUAAUGGGAAAUUUCUUUGACUGGUUGCUGCAGGUGGGCUUUUAUCGUAUUUAUCAUUUAUUAUGAUAAAUUUCUCAUUGUCACGAUGAUUUCCAAUUGAUGUUUGGAAGAAAAAAAACUAUCCAUACUGUUAGAAUCGUUAGUUUUACUUCUCUUCCACUGUUUGUUCAAUGAAAGUAUCAAUAACUAUCAAAAAACUUUAGCAACUCUAAUCCGACUUCUUCAUUUAAUGUUUUAAAAGAGCAUUGUAUUUUGGAGCUAUCAUUGCCAUGUCCUGCAGUUGCAGUUUAUAUAAUAACAAAAAAGAAGUAAUAAAUAGUUUUUAUUGUUAUGAUAGUAUCACAAAGCAUCAUGAUAAAACUUUAACUGUACAUCGCCCGCCUCUACAGUCUACUGGAUAAUCAUCCAUAAAAUCACAUUUGCAUUAUUUUUUUUAUUCGUCUUGCGUAAUAUUUUAAAGUUCUGAGAAACUAUAUUUUGGGUUUUCAUUAACUGCAUCAAAUUAACAGGAAUAAAUGCGUGGAAUAUGUGGCUCCAUGUAAUGUAUCUGCGUACGGUGGGAGUUUUGCAUUGAAUUACUGACUAAAUUCAACCUUUUCACGUUCUAAUUUGUCGAGAUGCGUCUGUGGUUGGAGAUGAGACCGAUGGGGAGGUGGUGGGUAACUUUUGCCAUGUCUAAUAGUAGGCAAACUUUAUUAAUGUUUAGAGGGCAGGAUAAUGUCUGUUAGAGGGAGAGACCUUUUCAUAAAUGAGGCUGCAGGUUUUUCGGCCUGCAGGACGAACUUUUUACUUCAUGGCCUGAAGACUGUGGGGGCAGGUCCUGUCCUGCUGAACACCAACAUGUGUGUCCUUGUUUUUACACCACAAUCAGGCUGGAAACGCCCAGACGCUCCACUGAGACAGCAUUUUACAUUCACGGGCAACACGGAUUCUGGAGCUUGAAACGCUUCUUUUGUUUUCAUAUUUUAGUGUUACACGUUUGAUCUCUGAGCACUAAACAUGCGACCAGUCCAAACUCCGUGCUGCCUCCUGUUCGACUUUUUUAAUUAUUGUGUAAUAUCAAAUAUGAAGCUUUUAAUACUCACCGUGUGUCAUUUGUAUUUCUUUUUUUUUUUUCUUCCUCCAAUGUACGCUGUGACUGGAUACUGUGUCUUAGUCUCAAGACUCUCAGAGAACAUGAAUAGUUUUUUUUUUUUUUUUUUUUGUCUUUCUAUUUUAACUGUAUGAAAAGAGGCGAAUAAACUGAGUUUCCAACGAAUGAUGAUGAAUGAAGGGAAGCUGCAAUUCUCUGGAGGGGCUGCUGGUCCUACUGUACGUUUGGCUCACUUAUUCCUUUAAGAAGCAGCUCCUCCUGCGGUUUAACGGUUUGACCGCUGCACCUCUGUCUAACCUGCUGGCAGACGAGAAAAAAAAGGAAAAAAAACAGCAGAGGAAGGUGAAUCUGAAGAAUGUGUUUCUGGGGAGGUAUACCCGUUUUAAAGUCGUGCACCUGAAAGCAAUAUAUUGUACAUCGUUCAUCCUAACAGGAAGUUGAAAUAAAAUCAGGAAUUCCUCUGCUUAUUAUCCAAGGUUUUGUUCUUUGUUUUGUUUUUUGUUUUUUUUCUACUCUGCUGUUUCUAUCGAGGUCUUUAGAAUUUGCUAGGUAAUCAAGAAAACUGUUGUGUUUGAUACGAGUCAAAUGCAAAACACAUUUGUGAACUCUGUGAAAGUUGGAACAAUCUAAAUGACGAUGAAUGUCUUACUUGAUAGCGGUCAGUUGUGGCCAUGCCACUGGCUCUGAUCUCCUUGAGUUCUGUCUUGUACUGUAAGAAUACCUGUCAUAAAUGUAUUGUUCGUAAGGGUUUUGCCUGACAGUAAUUAUUAAAAAGACGACAAACACA